AUGCUGGAUAACAGCAUCUACCUGAGCUACAAGUACAAUCUCUUGCCCCAAAACAGGCAAGAGGCUUUUUGUCUCGCCGCUCUGAUGACUCUAAUCCGAGGCCAAGCACUUGGCUUAGGAGGCCUAGGCUUUGGUGGACUAGGCUAUGGAGGUCUGGGCUAUGGAGGACUAGGCUAUGGAGGCCUAGGGUAUGGAGGUCUUGGAUAUGGUGGAUUUAGCUACGGAGGUCAAGGAGGCAGCAUUGCUGGAGGACGAGGCAUCGGCAUGAUGGGAGGACGAGGCAUCGGCAUGAUGGGAGGACGAGGUAUCGGCAUAAUGGGAGGACGAGGUAUCGGUAUGAUGGGAGGACGAGGCAUCGGCGUGAUGGGAGGACAAGGUAUUAGCAUGAUGGGAGGACGAGGCAUCGGUGUGAUGGGAGGACAAAGUGUUGGCAUGAUGGGAGGACAAGGUAUUGGUAUGAUGGGAGGACAAGUUAUCGGACCCAUGGGCGGCAUGGGAUACGGAGGUGGUAUGGCUGCCCCCAUGAUUGGAGGUGGAAUGGGCCUCCCAGGUGGAUUUAUAGUCUAA